UUACACAUUUCCCUCGAAGAAUCGUUGUGGGGGGAAGAGAGAGAGAGAGAGAGAGAGAGAGACAGCGAGCGCGCGUUUCUCUGACAAAUCUAAUCUCCAACGAGCGACGUCGAGCGACUGAGGCGAAACCCCCACCCCGACGUUUCCGAUCACCACCACUCUCCUCCUCCGAAACCCUAAUGGCUUCGGUGGCGGCGGCGGCGGCGAUCUCCACCCUCCCCUUCCUACCGGUGAAGGCCCGCGGCGCCGGCGAUAUCCUGCGACGGGGCCGCCCCCGGCGUGUUCGGUGCGCGAUCGCCAGCGACACCGCCGUCUCCUCCCGGGACGGCGGCGGAGACGAGGCGGCGCCGCCGCGGUGGGUGGCGGCGGAGUGCGUGGUGGUGGGCGGCGGCGUGAGCGGGCUCUGCACCGCGCAGGCGCUGGCGACGCGGCACGGGGUCGGGGGGCUGCUGGUGACGGAGGCGCGGGCGAGGGCCGGGGGGAACAUCACCACCGUCGAGAGGGACGGGUACCUGUGGGAGGAGGGGCCGAACAGUUUCCAACCCUCCGAUCCCGUCCUCACCAUGGCGGUAGAUAGCGGUCUGAAGGAGGACCUUGUAUUUGGCGAUCCAAAUGCUCCGCGCUUUGUUUUGUGGAAUGGGAAAUUGCGGCCGGUUCCUUCGAAGCCAAACGAUUUGCCAUUCUUUGACUUGAUGAGCUUUCCUGGUAAAUUGAGGGCUGGAUUUGGCGCUAUCGGCAUUCGUCCUCCUCCGCCAGGUCACGAAGAGUCGGUAGAAGAGUUUGUGCGCCGCAAUCUUGGAGAUGAGGUUUUUGAACGCCUGAUCGAGCCAUUCUGCUCAGGUGUAUAUGCUGGUGAUCCUGCGAAGCUAAGUAUGAAAGCGGCUUUUGGAAAGGUUUGGAAGCUAGAGCAGAAUGGUGGUAGCAUUAUUGGUGGAACUAUAAAGGCAAUUCAAGAGAGGAGUAAAACUCCCAAACCACCAAGAGAUCCGCGUUUGCCAAAACCAAAGGGGCAGACAGUGGCAUCAUUUAGGAAAGGACUUGCUAUGCUUCCUAAUGCAAUUUCCUCUAGGCUGGGUGACAAAGUCAAACUGUUGUGGAAACUCACAAGCAUUAAAAAGUCAGAGAACCAGGGUUAUUCGCUAUUGUAUGAUACACCAGAAGGAUCAGUCUCAGUGCAGACCAGAAGUGUCAUCAUGACCAUUCCAUCAUACAUUGCUAGUGGCAUCUUACGACCCCUUUCUAAUGAUGCGGCGGAUGCACUGUCAAAAUUCUAUUACCCACCAGUUGCUGCGGUAACUGUUUCAUAUGCGAAGGGAGCAAUCAGAGAAGAAUGCUUGAUAGAUGGCGAGCUUAAGGGGUUCGGGCAGUUACAUCCGCGUAGUCAAGGAAUUGAGACACUAGGAACAAUAUAUAGCUCAUCGCUGUUUCCUAAUCGUGCUCCUCCUGGGAGGGUGCUGCUUCUCAACUACAUUGGAGGUGCUACGAACACAGGAAUCAUAUCCAAGAGUGAGGAUGAACUAGUGGAAUCCGUCAAUCGUGACCUGAGGAAAAUGCUAAUAAACCCAAACGCCGAGGACCCCUUAGUUCAUGGUGUGAGAGUUUGGCCGCAAGCGAUACCUCAGUUUUUGGUGGGCCAUCUUGACCAUCUCGAAGCUGCACGGUCUGCGCUCGCCAAAGGCGGUUUCGACGGUCUGUUUUUGGGAGGCAACUACGUUGCAGGCGUGGCACUGGGCCGAUGCGUGGAGGGCGCAUACGAGAGCGCUGCUGCGGUCUCCGAGUUCUUGGCAAAGUACGCUUACAAGUAGAGGAGGAGAAGCAGCAAUGGAGAACACUUUAUAUUUUGUAGCUUAGGUGAGGCCGGUAGCACCUGAGGCAAAUUCAUGUGCAUUCUUUGUCCCUCUUACUUGGUUUCCAUUUACAACUCUCUUUCUAAUUGUGCAAUUCUUUCUUGCAUGAUAAGAUGCUUCUUAGAGUGUAAUAAGUACCAUUUUGUGUGUAGGGCUCUAUUUCUGUUUCA